AUGGAGACUCGCAGCUUCAGCGCCGGCGAUAACAAGAAGGAACAUCCUUACUAUGAGUCGCGUACAGAUGGGCAGUCUACAGAGUACACAACUACCUUCACUUCUGGGGCAACCUCUUCCAGAUCCUUCACCAUGGGUGUCGGAGUAGGCACACCUCCACUCAGCUCCUUACAGCAGCGACAUCAGCAUGAUAUUGGCUUCCGCAAUCAACUAGGAACUGCUUUGGAGGACACUGCACGUACAUCAAGGCGUACAGAGUCAACAACCACAACCUACAACGAGUCGCCUUCUGAAUUCAGGGAAAGGCAUCGCACGGCCCACGCAGAGGCUGAAAAGAGAUUCAAGAAGCAUAUGGAUCGAGAUUUUGCCAUUUUCUGCUGUUUUGCCCUUUUGGUUCUUGUUGUAGUUCUUGGUAGCUAUGUCUGGGGCAACUUUAGCGGAGGCGAGGCAGCCAGUAAUCAGGGAAGCCCGGCUGUUACACAUAAAAGCAGCAGCUGGGCGAUCUGGAUUCCUCUGGGCCCCCUUUGGGUGGGAUACGGAUCUGAAGGUUUUUUGUGGAGUUUCUCUUUGUCAUUCUCGUUUUGA